AUGUUUGGUGGUACCAUGCUCUACUCCGCCACCACUGCCCUGCACGGCCUGGCGCUCAUCUCCCUGUCCACGCCAGCCGUCACCGAGCUCGACACCCUGCCCAUCUAUGGCAUCACCAUGAUUGCCCUCUUCAACUCGCCCUACCUCGUAUUCCACUCCAAGGACUUUCGCGGCGCCUAUGCAGGCACCCGCGCAGUAGUCUACGCCUGGCUCAUGCUGAUGAUGGCCAGUAGCCUAACCUCGGUAUGGAACGUCGUCCAGCUCGACGAGGCCGCAACUGUCUGUCCACAGCCGGGAUCAGCCAUGGAGCAUGGGCGCAUGCGGCGGAACCAGCCCAGUGAGCAGGUGCUGCUCUCAUCGUUUUUGGUGCGGUGUCUGGCGGACCAGACGCUCCUCGGGUGGCUUAUUCCCCCGCUCAUGUGCAUGAUGUGGGUCAUUGGCAAAGCUCGGCGACUAGGGCAGCGACGGGACGUGCGCGGGGAGCGAGAGCGGAAGGGCGAGCGCCUGAGGGCGGAGGAGAGGGCACGGGGCGGGGGAGACCACGCCGUGCAUAUAUUGCUCCCGGUAUACGAGCUGCAGCUGCCCGCAGUACAAAAGCCCGCCCCCGGGCAUGACGAGGCCGACAGGGCGUAUAUUGGCGGCGGUGCCGGUGGCUGGAGGGAUCCGCACCGCUACGAGUGCACCUGUAAAUGCCACAAGUGGAUCCUCCUCAAGGGCAUGUCGUAUCUCAUCCCCGUUGUGAGCAUCGUCUGCUAG